CAGCAGCAGCACCUCUCCGGCCCAGCCAGAGUCGUUCACCAGCGGCAGCAGCACGAUCGGGAGUCCGGUCUCUACCUCCAACUACCAGGUAUGGCUCGCAACAACACAUCACGGCGUUCCAAAACAUUACAAAGAAAAUAAACAUGACAACCGUUUUAAUGUAGGCGGUUUUCUGUAAACAUUUGACCAGAAUAUUCAUAAAACCCACACACAUUUCUAUGUGCAUAAGAUGUGUGCCAAUACCUUUUAUCUUGAAGAACGUGGACGAACGCAAUGACCCGUUUGAUCAGUGACUGGACUAAUGCGUAAUACAUCGCCUUUACGCACUGCUUUGGGUUCGUGAGUGGUCGUAGUUUGGAUUAGGAUGACUCGGACUUUUAGUUUUGGUGGUAGUCCAAGAUCUGCGCUUCGAAACAAAAAGCAAACUAGCCUUUACAAGUUGGGAACCACCGAUCAGUUACAUUGCGCAUUAGAUAUGCAGUGCACGCUGUGGAUGGGGUGAAUUGUUCUAGCGGUAGUUUGGGUCGAACAUAUGGCCUGUUGAAGUGCUUCUUGAUUUGACAGUUCGUUAUGAAUUCUGUUUUAUUGUACCGAGGCUCCUGUUCUCUGUCGACCGCCAGAGAGCCAGAGCUCUGUGCGCAUGUAUUCCCCCUUUUUAGAGCGGUUUACGCACAACUACAUACAAAACAAGAAUUGUACAAAACGAUCAAUUCAUAACAAACUAGAACAGUUCAAUGACCAUUUAGGGCUAGGCAUCGAAGAUGAGCACCAACGCGCACAGUAUGAAUUUAACCAAACCAUUGUACGCCUGUGGCAAAGCGCUGUCGGGUUGCGCGACGGCGGGAUUUGACGUCUUUAUACGCAUUGCGAGGUUCAAAUACGGCCUCCAUAGAGGCUUAAACAUGUCGCACCUUGAAACAACAGUUUAAUCGUCGUGCCCUGCGAAUUUACCUAACAACCAAACACUCCGGGGAAAGACAAAAUGUACCAAUACGGGGUGCUUGUCAGUUCAGCAAAACUUGUUUCGGGCCAACGCACAUCGUGUUGGCCUACAUCUGUUUCUACUGCUAGUGCCCGUUUGGAAAUCAUAGGGUAGGCUGGGAAUCCGGGAAAUUAACAAGUGCUGGCACUGUUGCACGUUAUUGCGCAGCGGCUUCUCUGGAAAUCUCCAGCCCAAUAAUAAGCUCUGACGGUAAAGCAAUCCUUGAUAGAGACGUGACGUCACCUUCAAGUUUUGCCUCACCGCUUCCCAUUAAACGAUUGUGUUCUCUUGGGGUACAUAAAUAUAAUUGCCUUUCAUCUUGCCUAACACACACACACACACACACACACACACACACACACACACACACACACACACACACACACACACACACACACACACACACACACACACACACACACACACGCAAUAAACGUCCACGCUGGCGCACACGCACCCCUCUCCCCCUCCACCCCCCUCUCUAAAUUCCAGGCUGCUUCCCGCUUUACUGGAACUUGCUCGUUGUAUGCACGUGGCUAACAAAAUCUGCCGGUGACUCACUGGGAAAACAAUGUGGGACUAGUGGGAAGAUGGUGGGACGUAAAUCAGAAAAAAGUGCGUGGAAAAGGAGGUGCGUGCGAAAAUCUUGUUGGCCCAUUAUAUAGAUAGGCAACAAGACAUGUCUGAUACAGGAAGUAACGCUGACCGAUGGACGCGGCGAGUAUUGCACAAUACAAGCCCGAUCCCCUGCCUUUCAUGUUGUUUACCCAUAAGAGAACCGCUCCGGAGAGCUGCACACUUUUUGUAAUUCAAUAUACGGACCAUCGGUGUGACUUCAUCCUCAAGCAGCUUGCCUUAUCAGCACAACUCUUAUCAGUCAUUUGUCGUUUACGUCUAUCAUGACGAAUCUGUUUAUUUUUACCAUGAAUAAUCUGUUCCACGCUCAUUUCCUUUCCGUGUAGCUCAGGGGGGCUUUCGGUGUGCAACGAUAGUGUAUAGUGGAGAACAUGCACUAGCGGGUCCGGUGGGGGGGCUUUUCCCGGCGCGUAUCACCUCGUUCCACUCCAGGGAUUAAAUGUGUGAAAGUGUUUUCACUCAUACGUGGGCUGGAUCAUUACUCAAAAUGACUCAAAUGCUGAACACGAAGUACAGGGCCGACAUGCCCGGCUCCAACAGUGCCUUCAUACCUACCAUCAAUGCCAUAACGACCAGCCAAGACCUCCAGUGGAUGGUCCAGCCCACCGUCAUCACCUCCAUGUCCAACCCGUACUCCCGCUCCCACCCCUACAGCAACCACCUGACCAGUGGGCCAGGCCUGCUGGGCCACCACAACCCGCUGGCCAGGCCCGGCGUCAUACGCUCCAUCGGAGACACCCGCGGACGCCGCAAGAGGGACGAGCAGCUCACCCCCGAGGAGGAGGAGAAACGGAGGGUUCGCCGCGAGAGGAAUAAGUUGGCCGCAGCGAAAUGUCGCAACCGCAGACGAGAGCUCACCGAAAUGCUGCAAGGGGAGACGGAGAAGCUGGAGGAGGAGAAGGCGGACCUGCAGAAAGAGAUCGAGACCCUGCAGAAGGAGAAGGACAAGCUGGAGUUCAUGCUGGUGGCCCACAACCCUGCAUGCAAGCUGCCCGCUGACGACCACCUCCACCAGGGGGCCCACCACCACCACCACAACAACAACAACCACAACCACAACAACAACCACAACAACAACCACCACCACCAGCAGCAGCACCAGCAGCAGCAGCAGCAGCAGCCGCAGCACCACCACCACCACCACCUCCACAACCAGCAGCAGUGUGCGCCACUGCCCCUCACCAUGCGCUCUAGCCUGGGACCCCGGGCGCCCGUCAACGCCGUGGUGGUGAAGCAGGAGCCCGACGAGGACGACAGCGAGGAGGAGGAGGUGGAGAUGGAUAUGGAGAUGAGCGGCAAGCCCCAGCGCUCCGUCAUCAAGCCCAUCUGCCUGGGCGGCGGCGGCGGCGGCGGUGGCGGCGGCGCCAUCGGGGGCAUCAUGGGGAUGUACUGCACCGACGGGGACAGCCUCAACACGCCGGUGGUGGCCGCCUCCACACCGGCCUCCACGCCCAGCGCCCCCAGCCUCAUCUUCACCUACCCCAACCUGCUGGAGCCCGACAGCCCCUCGGCCACCUCCGAGUCCUGCUCCAAGGCCCACCGCCGCAGCAGCAGCAGCGGGGACCAGUCCUCGGACUCGCCCACGCUGCUGGCCCUCUGAGAGGCCUCUACCGGAG